AGGAACGUUACGAUACUGUUCCGUAAAUAGUCAAGAAAGGGGAGAACAAGGCCGCAUGGAUGAUUUGUGGAGUUUGCUACAUAUACUAGCGGAAUUAAGAGGAUCUCUGCCAUGGUCGCAUGCACCUAGUCCUGAAGAGAUACUGGAUACCAAGAAAACCACACCAGCAGAAGUGCUUCUCGAAAACUGUCCAGUUCAACUCAUUAUAUUUCAAAAACAUUUAAAAUUUUCUGAUCCUUAUGAUUGGGAAUUCGACCAGCUUCUUUGUGAAAAGUUAGAACCUGGACCAGAGUCUCAUAUCUUGCCAGUAGAACAGCCUAUAGUGACACAAUCAUCUACCAAUUUGCAACUGCCAAUCAGAACCCACAGUGGCGACAUGUGUGCCAAUCCAAAUCCUUUUCCUGCAGAGUAUUUUGCGAGUAACCCUCUUGGAUUCUAACA